GAUUGUAGAUGGAAUCAUACAUGAAAUGGUGCUAUAAUGGAAAGUCAAAGACUGAAUCACGUGAUUUUCAGCGCUAGUCUUUCCUAAUUGGGUUAGAGGAUGAAUAGGGGUACCUAUAAAUUCUUUUUCUCAUAGUCCUAGGCCUUAGAGCAGCUCCGACUUCAUCUGUGGACGGUUUCAAGACCUACCGGCCUCCCUGGAUGAUGCGCCAUAACGAUAUCCGACAGCAAAGACCGCCAGAGGCCACUGCCUAUAACAUUUGACUUGCCUAUAGCAUUUGACUUGCCUAUAACAUUCAACGGCCAUUCAAUUUACCCCCUUUUGACCAAUCCUGGCACCAGCUUCAGCUAUGGACACUGGAGAGGCAAACCAAGAAUUCGCCGGAAAGGCGGCAGGUUUCCCUGAAUCUUCAUCCACCGGCAGCAAUGGGAAACAGAGACACGACGACAGUGACCAAACCAGGCGCGAUGAAUGCCACAAGCAAGUUAUGGAUGCGAUGAAGCGGUUGGGGAUGAAGCAGGCUCCACUCUACAUCCAAUCUUUACUAUACAGACUGGAUAGGGGGGAUCGGGGCGAUAUCCGAAAGAAAGCCCUGGAAGAGGCAAACGCUCCUGUUGAAGAGAAUAGUUGGGACAAGGAAUCUGCGACCGCACAGGAACCAUGUCUAAUCGCACAGCCUACAUGUCCAAUCGUACGGAUGAUCAAUCGUAAUCUGAGCAUUGCCCCUUUGAAACUUACAGGCAAUGGACGUUGCGGCGUGCUCACGGAAAAUGUCAUGAAAUCAAUGCCCCAGGGUGGACUUUGGCUGCCCUCAACAUGGGAUUGUGUCUUGGCCACUAUUCCUGUGCCAGAGAACAUGCAAGUGCUGCGAAUCAAUGGCAAAGACUUUCGGGGAAUGAAGGACGAGAGGACCGAGGAACCAAAGUUAUGAGCCGACUUGAGUUUCGAAGCCAUGUUCGUUUGCUCUGACGCAAAGCUGAACUGGUGGCUGACGGCUUACGACCGAGAAAGCUCGAAAAUAGUCGAGUACAUUUCGACCCCGGAGAUUGGUGCAGAGUCGCUGAAGGACAGCCGACGAGCUGUGAAGAAUCAAAUACGUCGCGAGCUCGGGGUGAAGGUGAAGCUAAUUGAGAGGUC